GCGCUGGGGCCGGGCUGUAGGGACCGCCGCCCGCUAUGGACUGCGCCGGGGACGAUCCGGACUCGUUGUCGCAGGUGUCCACCUCCCAGGGCUCCUGACCCUGCCCCUGGACAGCCACCCCUUCUUAGAUUCCAGUCGGGCCGGACUCUCCAAACCUGCUUCCGCAAUGGGUAAUGAGGAGCCGUGGGCGCAGCCAGCCUUGGAGAUGCCGAAGAGACGGGACAUCCUUGCGAUCGUCCUCAUCGUGCUGCCCUGGACGCUGCUCAUCACCGUGUGGCACCAGAGCACCCUCGCACCCCUGCUCACCGUGCACAAGGAUGAAGGCAGUGACCCCCGGCGCGACUCGCCACCGGGCACGGACCCCAGGGAGUACUGUAUGUCUGACCGCGACAUCGUGGAGGUGGUGCGAACGGAGUACGUGUAUACGCGGCCCCCACCGUGGUCGGACACUCUCCCCACCAUUCACGUGGUGACGCCCACCUACAGCCGGCCGGUGCAGAAGGCCGAACUGACACGCAUGGCCAACACGCUGCUGCACGUACCCAACCUGCACUGGCUGGUGGUGGAGGACGCGCCCCGCCGGACGCCGCUGACCGCGCGCCUGUUGCGCGACACCGGCCUGAACUACACGCACUUGCACGUGGAGACGCCUCGUAACUACAAGCUGCGCGGCGACGCCCGAGACCCGCGCAUCCCGCGGGGCACGAUGCAGCGCAACCUGGCCCUGCGCUGGCUGCGCGAGACCUUCCCGCGCAACUCCAGCCAGCCCGGCGUGGUGUACUUCGCGGACGACGACAACACUUACAGUCUGGAGCUGUUCGAGGAGAUGCGCAGCACCAGGAGGGUGUCUGUGUGGCCUGUGGCCUUCGUCGGUGGCCUGCGGUACGAGGCCCCACGGGUGAAUGGGGCAGGGAAGGUGGUCGGCUGGAAGACAGUGUUCGACCCCCACCGACCCUUUGCAAUAGACAUGGCUGGGUUUGCAGUCAACCUGCGGCUCAUUCUACAGCGAAGCCAGGCCUACUUCAAGCUGCGUGGCGUGAAGGGAGGCUACCAGGAAAGCAGCCUCCUUCGGGAACUUGUCACCCUCAAUGACCUUGAGCCCAAGGCAGCCAACUGCACCAAGAUCCUGGUGUGGCACACACGGACGGAGAAGCCAGUGCUGGUGAAUGAGGGGAAGAAGGGCUUCACAGACCCCUCGGUGGAGAUCUGAGCCUCAGGAUGCAGGAGCCUCCUCAGACCCUGUUCUCGGCCUUCCAUCCUCUCCCCCACGGCGAUGGUCCCUCCAAGGCAGACUCUAAGGAAUCACCAACACCCUCCUUUCUAUUCUGGGGGCUUGUGAGAGCGCCCAGCCUCAUGCCAGGACAAAGGACAGAGAAUUUAAGCACAGAAAUCCCAGACCUGCUGUCUCCAUCCAAUGUGACCAGAGCCUGAGAGACCCCAAGGGCUGGUGAGGGUGUAGCUGCCAGCAAAGCCGGU